GCCGCACUUCUCUGCGGGAUAAACUGCGGGAUGAAAAGCAGACUUCUGUUGCAUCAUUUCACUUUAAUCUGAAAGCGGAUCAUCCGUUUCAAAAAUUCAGAAAUGACUUCAACAAGUUUUGCCUUAUGACUGAUUAUUAAGGUCUUUGGGGAUUCAUAUUAGCUAUGCCAUGAGAAAAUAAGAACAACUGAAAUAAUGCACAAGUUACUGCGCGCUCAUAUUAGAUGCGAUCGCGUCUCCUGGAUAGCGGAUAAGAUCCCUUCCGUUUUCUCCCGUUUAUUUUUUCCCCUGGUCGUUAAUACGAAUCAGAUCACUGGCUCACAGUGUCUGUGGUUCGGGGAGCAGGUAGUAAAAUCCGCUUGAAUGCUCUGGAAUAACAGCGAGAACGGUUUGUUUUUUGGAUUGUCCAGUUAUAUAUACGGUGGACGACGUUUUUUAUUUUUUAUGAGGGAAUUAUGGAUCUCUCUCAAUAGACUAUAAAAUUGUGUGCUGUCAAUUCAACUUAAUUGGUAGUUGAUCAGCAGCGGGAUCUAUUUUUAGAGGACAUUUCCAUCGGGACUAACGCUGUCCCAUCAGAAUCAGGGAACUCAUGAAGGAUUUAAAUCAGGAGACAGACGCAAGCGUUUGCAGAAUCUCACAAUGAAGCUGAAAUCUUCUAAGUGGGGUUACCUGUUAAUCCAAUUUAUGACACUAAUCUUUUACACACAGACGGCGACAGGCCUGCACUCCGUGUCCGUGCCGAACUUCAAGCAGCACGUGACCGAGCACAGCCGCUUAUCAGACCGCACGAGCCGCCGGUUGACGCGCACCUACCAGCUGUACAGCCGCACGAGCGGCAGACACGUGCAGGUGCUGAGCAAUAAGAGAGUUGUGGCUAACGGCGAGGACGGAGACGUGCACGCCAAACUGAUAGUGGAGACCGAUACGUUUGGGAGUCGGAUUCGUAUCCGUGGAGCUAAGACCGGCUUCUACAUAUGCAUGAACAAGAAAGGAAAGCUGAUUGGACGGAGGAAGGGUCAUGGCAAGGACUGCAUUUUCACUGAAAUCGUCCUGGAGAACAACUACACAGCACUGCAGAAUGCCAAGUACAAAGGCUGGUACAUGGCAUUUACACGUAAGGGCCGUCCACGGAAGGCGACGCGCACGCAACAGCACCAGAGAGAAGCUCAUUUCAUGAAACGCUUUCCACGAGGACACCUGCUCACUGAGCAUAAGCCCUUCGAUAUUGUCCCUUAUCAGCUCAGCAAGAGGACUAAACACAGCCAUCGGCCUGGUGUCAACUAAAGAUGCCCGUUUACACACACACGAAUAUAUUUAGACACGCACAUGCACAUAUAGAGCUAAACAUCUACACACAUCUUUAAAAAGACCUCUUGUAAAGUAGCUUGAACAAUCAAACUGGAUUUAAUUUGUGUGUGUCUAAUUUAA